AUGGCUCUUGAUUCAUGUUUUCUCGCGUUCGUGCUCGUACUCGCUGCUGCCGCUAUCUCGGUCUUUAUCUCACCACGGCCUCAAACUCUGGCUUUCGGUGGACUGCCGACUUUCCGAAACCGACUCCACACAUGCUCCUGCUACGCCUCUCGUCGCUGUGCCCUGGACAUGCAAUGGGGUUUCUCCUGCGUCACGAUGGACCUCUACCUGCGGCUACCAACGCAAGUAUCAUCUCAGCCCAGCGACAAUAGCCAGGUGCAUCUCCUUUACGCCAUCAUCCAGCCCCGUGCCCACGAACCUUCUCUGCAGUCUCAAUUCCAAUGGGUGUACGACUUUCCCCAUGUGCCCCGCAUCCACCAUCGGACUACUUACUCACGUUGGCUCACGCAGACAUACGUCGGAGACUACGUCUUUAUCAAGAGCCUGUCCGAGCACAAGUUCCAAGCCUUCGUCUCGAGCUACACCAAGGGCAAAGACGACUGGUACACCCUCGGCGACUCGUGGGGCACCGAGGACGGCAGGUGGUCGCGCUCGGGGUGGGAGGUGAUCGCCAUUAGGAACGCGGACGACACGAAACGCGUGGGCUAUUAUGAAUACAUUAGGGGGGCGACGAUCUAUAUUACCGUCAAGGUUAUCGACAAGAUCGAGGUCGAGCGCGCGACGGAUCCAGAUGCUCCUCCUCGCGAGGAGUAG